AUUAGAAAGCACCAGCUCAUAUCAUAAAAUGUCUAAUUAAAUACUUAUUUUCAAUUGUAUAGGACAGCUCAUUUAUGUGCUACGGUAUAGGUCUUUUUUUAUCAAGUUUUAUAAGUUUUUGUGUUCCCAUCUUCGUUGACGCUGUUCUCAAUUCUUUUAAAGGAAGUGAUUUUUCGUCUUUAGCUUGAUCAUUCUCACAUUUAAAAAAAAAAAAAAAACAUAAGAAGAAGAAGAAGAUGAUGUUGUAUUUAGUCUUAGGAUCCUGCAUCAUCGGAGCACUUCUUCUUGUUAUUCUUCUUUUUCUUAUUUACGUAAUCCGUGAGUUAUAUUAUGAGGCCAUGGGAGGACGACUGGAAGCUGAUAAGGAAGCUAGAGCGGAAGAGGAACACCUUAUAAGCCCGAUCAGGCCUAGCAUUUCAACUGAUUGUACAGUUCCGGUCAAAUGGAAUUCAUCAAGAAGACAAAAGGGAAAGGCCGAUUUCUGCAUAGGUGUUGAAGAAGCCGCCUGCCACAGCGCAGACACAAUAACGAGUGGUAUUCCAACAAGCAAUCAAAUGUACAAUGGACCCCACUUUAAGUUGAGAGGACCAAAAGAUAGCGAUUCAGAUUAGAAUUCAUAUAAACUGAUUAUUUCUCUCUCUCUUUUUCAGCAAUUUUCUUUCCACACACUGCAGCAAAUUUAAUAUAAAUGCUCUCUGAAUUGCUCUUUAAUUAAAAUCUAGCCACUAGUUUCUUAACUGAUUUCACUCACAGUUUGUGCAACAUGCUCCAUUGUAUCAAAAUACAAAUUAUAUAUGUUAUUUGUUAUGGUUAGUCAAGAGUA